UUUUUCUUCAGCUCUCGCUCGUACUGGUACCUCCAACCUCCAACAAAUCCAACAGGAGCUUCUCCCCGCUGUGCCCAUCCUCCAAAUCCUCCGCUCUGGCUAGCUAGCUAGAUAAGCACGUUGCUGCAAGAGGAAACGAUCAGGAUGUUGCAAGUCAGAGAGCAGCCUGAGCGUAUGAAUACGAGUAGCGAGACCCUUGAGGGUGGCGAAAGAUUGGAUGGAUUUCCGCAAUCCUACGACCCACUAGCUACCCACGACAAGUUCGAGGGCAACGACUACGAGGAUGACGACUGCAAAGACCAAGAGGAUGAGGUAGUGGAACAAGCUCUUACCGAAGAUGCCUACUCCUUGCUCUACAUCUCUGAUCUGUUCAGUCAAACCACACUGUUUGCCUUUUCUGUUGUGUCCCUUCAAACUACAAUGCUCUUGUUGACUCUUGUGGACAUGAUUGAUGUCUCUAACCCCCUCAACCCUCUCGGAGUGCCGGAACUUCCUCCCUUUACUGUCGUAUUUGCCCAGUGCCUCGGUUUGAUUUUAACAGUCAUGAUCACGGCAACAAGUGGAGAUAUCAUCGUUGGCUUGACACAGCUCUGUGAAGGGUACAAUCCCGAUAUCCAAGAAGAGAUGCCAAACGCCACUUUUAUUCGCUGGCUCUUGACUGGAUCGUUUCAAACUUGUGUCGGUAUCAUCAUGCUGGUAGACUCAUUCAUCCUAGCAGUGAAAGCCAGAACUGUGAUUGAUUUGGUCCUCAACCUGACGGCCUUGCACUUUUUGCAGGAAGUGGACGACAUUAGCUUUAAAAUUGCCACCAUGGGCCUGUUUGUCAACCAAGUACAAGAGGAUUGCAACAAAAUAUCCAAUCUUAAACAGGGGGUAUCUCCAGAGUAUGUAAGAUACCGUACAUGCUGGAAGAGGGUUGCCUUGAUUGUCAUUCUGGUGGGGCUCCUGGUUCCUUUCUUUGUACUGGUAGGCCAGCAGCUUGAUGGUCGAUUUCUGUGCAAGAAGAUCCUCAUUGAGUUUGGCGAGGGAGACAAUGAAUUCAUCGAGAGUGGGUUGGGCACUGUUGAAGGAAGCAAUCAUCUCACUGCUCUAUCCUAUUUCAGCAGUGAAUUUGAAAGUCAGGGCAUCCCCCUCUUUGACAGGAAACACCACAGAACUUGGUAUGCUGACAGAUCCGGAUUUCUCAUUUUGGGCUACUGCAACGUACAAAAGGCAUGGACGGUCUCAACCACUGCCACAAGCAGCGACCCAUGCGAUGAAAUAAAGUACAUGUCCACUACAACAACUGAAUUUGAUGUUAUGAAAGUGGCUUUUGAUCAAUGGGUUUAUUGGAACGAUCAGUUGGGCAGGUUUGAUGCAACCAGUCAGAUUGUGCUGCAUUGCAAUGAUUGCUCUGAAGACCUUUGUCAACAUGGCACUUGUCAAGACAACUACUGCAUUUGUAAUGAUGGUGAAGGCACACCAAGGACUGGCUGGAACUGUGAAGAGGAAGUGAGGUGCUUGUCCCUUGGUCUUGAUUCGACAGGUGGCAGCAGGGGGUUCAUGAAGAUUGAAGAUGAAGGAAAGCGAAACACUGUUCGCCUCCUCAGUUCCAUUGGGACACUCCACUUGUUACCAGAGAAGCAAGCUUAUGGGAGAAGUGUUUAUGUUGCCUCCUACAACAAAAGUACUGAAAGUGGAGUAACUGAGGUGGUUGAUGCUUUUGUCAUCUACAGUGGACAAAGAUGGAGGCUCGUUGUGAACGAUGAAAGCCAGCUUCUCUCAGCCAUUUCACUGCAAGAUUUCAAAAGUGUUCUCCUGGAUCGUGGUUCUGUGGAUGUAUUGAUGGCUAUGGGCAUUAUUCCCCGUCCAUCUGUGCAGUCUGAAGGUACCGAUUCCUUCCACAGUUUUGAUGAGACUGUAGUGGCGAAUCUUGCAAAGGCAUACUAUGUGCUUGCUAACAGCAGCAUUGACUCCAGUGCAAAUCCACGUUACAGCUUCGUGACCUUUGGCAAGAGUUAUACAACUGCUGUGCUGGAUUGUGCGGACUGUAGGAAAGACACUGAAUGUGAUGGGCAGUACAGCAAGUGUCAAGCCAAUGCUUGCGUUUGCCCUGAUUUCAUCCAAAACGCUACCACGUGUAACAUGACUGGUAGCUACACUGAGAUGUCUAAAGCUUCGGGUGGUUGCUAUAAUGGGACGGGCUUUCCUAUUCCUGUUUCUGUUUCUGUGGAUGACGAUUUCUUUGUACCUGACACAAGUCAAUGGUGCUGCUCUGCAAAUCCAAAUGGGACAUCUUGUGGGGCGAAAGUGAAUAACGAAGAGCUUUUCUUUUGCCGAAGCAAUGGAUUUUGCCGACAAUAUGCUGGUUUUGCAAAUCAAGUCCUCUGUAACUCCGCAAAGCAAAGAUGUGAAUGCAGCAAUGCAAGCGAUCCAUUCGAUUCCCAACUCAAUUUCGAUCCGAGUCUCUAUUCUCCCGUUGACUGUUCUAACGGAAUACCUAUUGUGGAUCCCUGGGAUGACACGGCAUUGCUCUGGAACUAUGGUGGGGAAACUGUUAAUCCUACUGCGGGACAACCGGCUAAUGAAUUCCCUAUGGAGGCUAACAAUUUGGCAGACGGGGUGCCAUAAUGGAUACAUGUAGUCUAGGUUCUCUCGUUGAACGAUUGUGGGAGUAAAUGGAUCAAUCCUUGGCUUUGGGGAACGCCAAGAGUCACUAAAUAACGGUCAUCAUGGUGCCGAAAACAUCUUUCUACCUACCGGUACCAGGACAACAGAAGUAGCCCACGGCAACUGCCCCUUGGCACCGG